AUGGGGCGCAAAGCAACUGGAAGCAAGUCAAUCGCCAGCAGCUGUAAGGACUUGAAGAGCAAUGCACCGACAGCACAAGCUUCUUCUGCCGCUGCAGCAUCUCCCACCGUGCAUGCAGCAACAGCAGGAUUCCAAGUACGGCAAGUAACUGCAGCAGCUGCAACACUGGCUCAGCCAGUAGCAGCCAGUGCUGCUCUGCCUCCAGCUUGGGGAGACAUAGGAGAGGAACUUCCGCAGAGACAUGCGCGCCGUAAAUCACGGAAACAGCAGCAGCAAGAGGCAGCAACGAAGAGGAAGGCCCGGCAGGCCCUUGCAACCGCUGCCAGCAGCAGCUGUAGCAACGGCAAUAGCGCCAGUCAGAGUUACAGUAGUAGCAGCACAGUCAUUCAGUGCAUAUGCGGGUCAGAACUUCACCCAGGGACAAGUGGGCAUGAUGAGAUAGCGGCACGUGUGCUGCAGCGGCAACAACACUUGCUAAAGCAGCAGCAAGAGCUGCAACAAACAAAGCAACAUGUGUGCUCUGACGAGCUAAUGGACGAAAUACGGGCACUCGAUGUUCUCUAUCCUCCGCUUUUGUUGCUACAGCGCGGGCUGCUGUCUGAAACGUUCAUAGCAGAGGUUGAGCACACUCGUGCUGCGGCCGCCGCAGCGUUUGCUACUUUGCAGGCAGGUAGCAACAAGGUAAACCCGUGGGAUGCUGGGCGCUUGUUUUCCACCGCGUGUGCCACAUUCCUGAUACUGUCGCCACUCAACUGUUUCCAUUGCCGCUACGAUGCAUCUUCAGCUGCUUCCGCUCCUAGCCUCAGCAAUAAGCGCACAACCCGCGGGGUGAAUUCUAGUCGUGCAGACACGGGACUUUCCGAUGACGGCAGCAGCAGCAGCAGCAGCAGCAGAUCCAGGAGCAGGUGCAGCAGCAUGAACAAGGAGAGAAGCAGCAGCUUGGAUAGCUGUAAUUUGGCGGCAUUGACCCCGCAGCAGCAGUUGAAGGUGGCGUUUCGCUGUCGCUGCGAGUGCUGCGGCAGCCGCCUAGGAAGUGAUGGUCGUGGCCUUAGCAGCAGCAGCAGCAGCAACACCAACGAGUCCAUCCGCAUAGCUUUCCACAUCAGUACUUUCAGAACUGAAGAGCACAUAGCAGUCAUUGAUGCCCUCCUGCCGCCAACGAGAGAGGUGCUGUUGCAUGCUCUGGCCCUGCACUUGGAGACGUUUUUGGUAGAGCUACCCUCCCAGCCAAACUUGUGGGAAGAGAUGCAGCAACGCGUACAACAGCAGCAACAACAGCAGCAGCAUUUGGAGCAACUGCAGCUGCAGCUAAUCCGGGAUCGAGCGAGGCAAGGGACUCUACACAAGACUAAGAGUGCAGCAGCAGCGGCAGCAGCAGCGGAGGCAGCAGCAGCACGAGACGGAGAUGCAGCUACAACCCAGCAGCAGGCGGCAGAGUUUCACAUGGCCGUUGCAGCGAGGCUCAGAGGCGAUGGAGAGCAAACAUCAGGCCCAUUGUCUUUGACUCCCAUCAUUCCUAGGUGUCCGAGAAGGCCUGUUUGUCACAGCUCAGCCUCUCAAGCUCUAGUACCUGAUUUUCAGAGUUGUUUGUACGGAGGCACAGUCUUGGCUUCCUGCUGCAACAGCCUCAAACACUUGAAGACCAGUCCUUCUCAACGAAGUCUGAAGUUGCCUACAGCGACCUCAGCAGGUGGAUGGUUCACUCCUGGCAGCAGCAGAAGCAGUAUGCCACUGACUUCCCGUACUGCCGCUGCGGAGCUGACGGGACCUCAAGCAGCAGCUGCUGCUAUUGCUGUAGGAGCAGCAGCGGCAAUACCAUCAUUUGCAGCAGCUGAUGUACCAGUGGUUGCUGACCCAGCGGCACUGCGGCCACAUGAAACCGAUAGUAGCAGAAAUGUGAUAAGCAACAGUGCAGGGUUCAACCCCGAAGAGCAGCAGCAAAACAUCUUCAGCUUUUUGCAGCACAUCGUCAGCCAGCAGCCCCGACACCGCAGAGACUUUUUGCUCGUGGAAUCACUGCUGCAGCGCGCCAGUCAGGGAGUCGAUGAGCUGCAACAGCAGUUGCAGCAGCGCGACCCUUCCCUGCAACUGCAGCAACAGGAGCAGCAGCCACAACACGAGAAGCAGCAGCAGCUGCAACAACAUCCAAAGAAAAAAAAAGGCAAGAAAAAGCACAAAAUGCAGUACACGAGAGUUUACGACGAUGUGCCGCAGCAGCAGCAGCAGCUUCAGCAGGAGCAAAGGCAGCAGCAGCAGGUGUUACAGAAACAGCAGCAGCUGAUGCAUCAGCAGGACCAGAAACAACAAGAAGAGCAGCAGCAACAGGAGCAUCAGGAGUGGCGCAUGACAGGGUUGAACAUCGUGGCGGACGCUGAGAGAGUACUUCAUGAGGUUGCGAUGCUCUGCACAUUAGAGCACCCCUUCUUGAUGCGCUACCACCAGUGCUGGUCGCAGCUGGUGCAGAAAACGUCAAGACUUACAACAAGUCAGUCAUCACCAGCUCCCUCUCAGGGGUUUCCCCAUCAUACAGUCGCUGCCUCUCCUGCUGGCCUUUCUGCUGCCUACGCGGCUUCUACUGCUGUUGCGGCUGCCGGCGCGGAAGAGAAGCCGGCGAGUGAUAAAGCUACCACUGCCGCAGGGCAGACCAGUUGUAGAAGGUCGUCAAGCGUUGUGGAAAGGGCAAAAGACGGGAUACCGAGAGGAGAAGGAGCACCAGCAGCUGUAGCAUUACCUAGUGAAGAGCAGGCGCAGCUAUCGGUGUUCGUUCAGAUGGAAUAUUUCGAAUUGACUCUUCAAAGAUUCAUACGGGAGGGAAGGACCCUUCGUAUCUCAGAUGUUUGGAGACUUUUCAUGCAGCUGCUGGAGGCAAUGGUUUGUGUACAUCGCGCUGGGGCUUGCCACAGGGCGCUACAUCCUUCAAACGUUUUUCUGGUUGAUGGUCCAGAGGGCCUUAUUUUGAAGGCAAGUGAGGUGUUAAUACGCGUAGGGGAUUUUGGGCUGAGGGAACUGCUCCUGCCAACUGCUGACAAUCCGUUUUUGGCGUUUGUAGCCCCUGAAGUGCGCAGAGGAGAGACUUUCAGUGACAAGGCAGAUAUGUAUUCUAUUGGGAUGCUCUUUUUGGAGCUGUGGUUGCUUUGUCCGGUUAUGGCGCGGCUUAGCAAUCGAGAAGCCAUACGCACGAACUUCAACGGCUGCAUGCCGCCGCGGGCCGUCAAAAUCGCCAACUUGCUGUUGCAGGAAGAACCGAAUAAGAGGCCAUCGUCUUUGCAGCUGCUGCAGUCUGGCACGCUGCCACCUGCGGUGGAUGCGGGACUCUUCGAGGCGUUCUUGCUGCGUGUGGGCGGCUGCUCCACGGCGGAGGAUGAAGACGCGGCUGCUGCUUCAGCUCUCACAACUACAGUAGCGAGUUCAACAUUGGCUGCAACAUCUUCUGGAUCCGCUCCCUUGCCGACAGGGCAACAGCAGCAGCAGCAGAACACGCAUCAGGGACGAGGGCACCCAACUGCUCCCGCAGAUUGUCUCGCAGCAAUCGGAGCUGCAGGUGGGACGGCAGCGGGAACAGGCUCAGCCGCACCGGCGUUUUCUGGUCGGGUGCUCCAGCAACAUCGAGAGCAGCGACAAAGCAGCAGUAGCACUAUGAACGCACGUGUUCAGCUGACACGUGAGGUGCUAAACGUCCUUUUCGCGCGUCCUCUUGAUCCCCGCAGCCGGAGGGCCUUCGUUGACGCCUUACAACAGGAGGAACUUGCGCAGAACGAUGGCAAUGACGGCCUUAGGGGUCUGCUCUGCAGUGCAGCACUUCAGCACUUUGGCGCCCACGGAGCCGCGCACCAAUCGCUGCCUCUUUUCUGCCCUGCAGUGGAUCUUACAGCAGCCACAACAGGAGUCGUUGCUCUAACCGCUUCGAAUCUGCUACUGUCACCAACAGUCCAUUUAUCCUCGGCGUUUGCUGCGCUAGAUGCUGCCGCAGCUUCUGUGUUUCCUCCGUGCUGCAGCAGCCUGCAGCUGCAGCAACCCCCUGCUGCAGCAGCCGCUGUCGCGGCCGCCGCUGCAGCAACGCGGGCGUUGCCCGGCACUGCUGAAUGGCAUCAAUUUGUGAUGUCAGCUGCAAUAGCAGCUACGGCGAAUGCAGCGGCAGCCAGUGUUCAGCCCCAACAACGAAUGCUUCUAGAUGGAGAAGUUUUCAAAAGGUUUUGUGUUGGGCCUGCGUAUGCACUGGAGCAGCAACAAGGGGAGAGUGGACGGGGCCCAUUCGGCCAAGUGCUACCGCAGCUAGCUUGCUGCUUCCAAAUUCUUUAUCCCCUGAAACAGCAGCAACAGCAACAGCAACAACAACAGAAGCAUGUACUGCAGCAUCUCCUGCUUCCAGCCAGCUGCCAGACGGGCUGUUACAUGAGCACCAGCGGCCCCAGAAGCCCUUCAACUAGUUUCUCGGGCGAUAAUAUGCAGCAAGAUCAACAAAGAGGGAUGAGCCAGCAGGUGCUGCAGCAAAUGCUGAACGUCUUGUCUUACGAGGACCAGCAGCUUGUUUUUGCUGAGGGAGAGCUGCUUCUUGUUGCAGUGACUUCGCUGCACAACCUACUGGUCACUGCUGGAAUUCCGCCUUCUUGUGGAACUUUGGAGUUUGCACUGCCGCAGCUCGUGCGCCCGCUGCUCCAGCUUUUCUUCCGUAUACCUCGUUCCGACGUGGAAGAGGCAGUUGUAGAGCUACUACAACUGUGUCAGAAAGACCCUCAGAGACACGUGACCCAGAGACCGCAGCAGGCUUGUGUUUCACAUUCAGACUGUAGCAAAGUUCUUUAUCAAUUUUCUAAUUUGGAAGUUGAGGAGCUUGAUGUUGCUGCAGAGCAGCUGCAGCAGUUACUGGAGUUCUCGGGAGACGCUUUCGAGCUGCUGCUGUUGCUGCAAAACAUUCGCAACCGCCUUACAGCGGCAAACACGCAGGUGCAGCAACAGCAACAGGGAGAGCUGCGACAGUGCCGACCGCUCAUUUGCGAAACGGAACCCGAAGUUGCGGCAGUUGCAGAGGCAGAAAGGGAGCUCAGCCACGCACUGCAUCUUUCGCUCUUGCUACAAGCAGCAGUAGACACCUCAGCAGGCCGCUGCCUCUUUAUGCGAUUUCUCCUGCCCCCAGAAAGCCCAAAUUACGAUGUUGGGCGGCUCGUUUUUGGGGUGUUUUUAAAUGCCUCGUUCUUGAGAGCAUCUUUACCUGCUGUUGGUUUGUUGAAUCCCGACGAAUGCCCGAGUCCCUCACAGAAACAGCAGCACGAGCAUCAGGCAUUGCAGACGCAAAUGCUAUCACCACUCCAGUUUGUGAGGGUAGGUGGCGGUGGAUAUAUCAAGCUUUUCCCACAGAUAAACCAAGACCCUGCAGUUGCCGCUGCCAACUGCAGCACAGCCGCAGCGGUGUGCGGAUCCGGUGCUGCCGAUCCCAGCGAUGGGCUCACUGCAGCAUCUGCAACCUGCGUAGCUGCCCCAGCAAAAUCAACAACUGCAAAAGAACCGAUUAGAGGAACCAUACUGCGCAAUUGUGAGCCUCAUGAGAAUUUUUUAACGUUGUCUUUUGACCUUGACUUGGAAACCGUCAUUUCCUUAGUGGCGAAUGCGGAUGCGGCAGCUGUUGUAGCCGCAGCCGUUGCUGCAUUGCAACAGGAGCAAGGACAAACUGACGCGGCGAGCAUAUCAGGGUAUCUUACACGUUCAGUCACAUCCGUCGGUGACGCGACUCAUGUGGAGGAUGAAACUGUCGAGCAAGCUGGAAGUGAGCUUGGAUGUGUUGCUUCGCUCCAGCAGCAGCCGGCCCAGCAGACCAUGUCAUUGCAGUAUUCACCGAUACGGCAUAUUCGCCACAGCAGACAACCCUGGGUCAUACUCACGACUGCCAGCAGCCGCCUCAUCCCUUUGGGUGUUGCAAUGGCUAACCGCCUCAUACGACGAGGCGUUGUAGCAGUGAUGCGGAUACAGCCUGUCAUCGAGGUGUCGCGUUUCCAGGAAGCGCUGAGGCGCCACCCCAGCGUGAAAUACCAUGUGGUAAUACAGCAGCAGCAAAAGACAGGCGGCGGCAGAAAGUAUCAGCAGCUGCUGAGACAGCAGCUACUGCUGCAGCAAGCGCACCACCAACAGCAUGAACUGCUCCAGCAGUCGUGGCAGUCUACAGAAGAUAACCCUUUUUGGCAUAGCUUAAACAGCAGUCAGUACAUUCCACUGGCUGCCUGCAGUAACGAAAGAAGCUCCUGUGGAGCUUCCCUGCUCGACACUGCUGUUGCUGCGGCGUCGAUGGCGCCCGUAAUCUUUAGUCUUACACACCUGCAGAAGUCACCUACCGUUUCAGCGGGGGACAGCAGCAGCAGCAGGCGCAAGGCCAAACCGGUCCGCCACUUGACAGCCCAGACGCUCAUUUCCGUGCUCGUCAAUGCAGCGCCAAGGCGCUGA